AUGACUCGCGGUUUCGCUACCAUCAAGCCUGAGUGUCAGGAGCAGUUUGACACGCUCAAGGAAACAAAGACCCUGGACUACAUCGUCUUCGUCCCAGAUUGGCACAAGAAAGAGAUUUCUGUGGCGAAGUCGGGCAAAUCAGACAAUCAUGAUGAGAUAGUUUCUUUUCUGACCACUGAUGCACCUCGUUAUAUGGUCACCAAGUUCACCUACGAUGGCCCUACUGGAGAUGAGAAACGACACAAGCUGGUCUUUAUCACGUGGGUCCCCGAGGGAGCGAAUUCCCAUGACAAGACUUACUGCCUUCACAACAAAGAUCACCUCUAUCGAUCACUCGAUGACCUGAGCCUCCAUGUCCAGGCUUCGAAGCCCGAGGAUCUUGCCCAUGCAACUAUUCUCAAGCAGUUCAAGGUUCUCUGA